AUGGAUGAAGAUCGAGAUGCCAACAUUGAACAAUGGAAAAUCAAGAGGCUCAUAAAGAAGCUGGAGAAUGCCAAGGGGAACGGAACGAGCAUGAUCAGUCUUAUUAUUAAGAACAAGGAUGAAGUUUCUCGAAUAAAUAAAAUGCUUGCAGAUGAGUUGGGCACGGCCUCCAACAUCAAAAGUCGAGUCAACCGCCUGAGUGUGUUGUCUGCCAUUACGUCCACGCAGCAGAAACUGAAGCUGUAUAGCAAAACGCCCCCCAAGGGACUGGUCGUGUUCUGCGGGACGGUCAUAACGGAAGAUGGAAAGGAGAAAAAAAUGUCCAUCGACUUUGAACCAUUCAGGCCAAUCAACACAAGUCUCUACCUCUGUGAUAACAAAUUUCAUGUAGAAGCUCUAAAGGAGUUGCUUGAGAGCGAUGACAAAUUUGGGUUCAUUAUAGUGGAUGGAAACGGGGCCCUGUUUGGUACCAUACAAGGAAAUACGAGAGAAGUGAUUAGGAGGUUUACUGUGGACCUACCAAAGAAGCAUGGAAGAGGAGGUCAAAGUGCGUUACGUUUUGCUCGUCUGCGAUUAGAAAAGAGACAUAAUUAUUUAAGAAAAGUGGCAGAAGUGGCUACAUCUGUUUUUAUAACAAAUGACAAAAUUAAUGUUUCUGGUAUUGUGCUUGCUGGAAGUGCAGACUUCAAAAACGAUCUCAUGCAUAGUGAUAUGUUUGAUCAGAGGUUAUUUACUAAGGUCAUAAAAAUUGUCGAUAUAUCCUAUGGAGGAGAUAAUGGUUUUAAUCAGGCCAUUGAAUUAAGUUCCGAGGCUCUACAAAAUGUUAAAUUUAUUCAAGAGAAAAAACUGAUUGGAAAAUUUUUUGAAGAAAUUGCACAAGACACAGGAAAAGUUGUUUAUGGUAUUGAGGAUACAUUGAAGGCUCUAGAGAUCGGGGCUGUAGAAUUACUUAUUUUAUAUGAAGGGUUAGACAUAAUCAGAUUAACUACGAGGAAUGCUAUUACGAAUACGACUAGGACGAUGCAUAUUUCUCCUCAAGAUGAGAAGCAGGAAUCCUUGUACAAAGAAAACAAUGUGGAGUUGGAGGUAGUGGAAAAAAUCUCUCUUACCGAUUGGGUCAUAAAUAAUUAUAAGAGGUAUGGGGCUUCCCUAGACUUUGUCACGAACAAAUCACAGGAGGGGGCCCAGUUUCAAAAGGGGUUCGGGGGCUUUGGCGGAAUGCUCAGGUACAAGCUGGACCUCAAUUUGUAUGAUGAGGAUGUGGAGAGCGAUGCGGAGUUAUUUUGA